UCUCAGCCAAUGGUAGCCAAAAACCCUAAACCCUAGCUCCAACGCUUGGGCCAGUGAUACUCAUCGAACCAAGGAGAUUGGGCUAGCAGCAAUCGGCCGACGGUUAGCUCAUCGAAUCCGAUGACAGGCGAGAAGCCAACGGCGUUGGUUGCGGAGAGCCCCAAGCAUUCGCUCGAUCAACGGCCUGCGUCUCCCCAGCGCCCUCCGAAGAUCCCGAGAAUCGCCGGCGAAAUCGACGACGGCGACGGAGAAGAAGUAGAAGAACAGAAAGAGUCGAUUCUCAGUGUGGACACGAUGAGCCAAAACCCCAGACUUCAAAGGUACUUGGUCGCGAUCGAGUACAUUGGGACUCGAUUUGCUGGUGCGCAGAGGCAGCCUAAUUGUAGAACUGUUGUCGGUGUACUCGAGGAGGCUUUUCAUAAAUUCAUUGGACAGCCAGUUUCUAUCUUUUGCUCAAGUCGAACUGAUGCAGGUGUACAUGCCCUGUCAAAUGUGUGCCAUGUUGAUGUGGAGCGCAUAAGCAAAAGGAGACCUGGUGAAGUGUUGCCGCCUCAUGAACCUGCUGUGGUGAGAAGAGCUGUCAAUCAUUUCUUACAGAAAAAUGAGGGUGAUAUAACGGUGAUAGAUGUUCGAUGUGUACCACCUGACUUCCAUGCUAGAUUUAAAGCUCAAGAACGCACGUACUUCUAUCGCUUGCUGUCUGGGCCUGAGCCUUUGUCAACCUUUGAGAAAGAUCGGGCCUGGCAUGUUCCUGAGAAUUUAAAUCUUUCAGCUAUGCAGGGAGCAUGCAGAGUUCUUGUUGGCCACCAUGAUUUCAGUUCCUUCAGGGCAGCUUCUUGUCAGGCGAAGUCACCUAUCAGAACUUUAGAUGAGCUCAGUGUGACUAGGGUGGUGUCUACUCCAUAUUUUCCUUCAAUUAUAGUGAGGGAUGAAAGCAAUUUUGUGGGGCAAGAACCCUCUGGAUGCUUAAGCGAGUUGAAGGCUGAUCUACCUCAUGUUUAUUCGAUGUCUAAUCAAGAGAAAAUAACAAGCUCAAAUAGUGGAUCUAAUUAUGGAUUUGGAACCCAGAGGAGACAUUGUUGCUAUGUGGUCACUGCAAGGGCACGGUCUUUUCUAUACCACCAGGUCAGGUUACUAGUUGGUGUUCUCAAAGCUGUUGGCACUGGAGAACUAACAAUUCCGGAUGUUGAACGAAUCCUGGAUGCAAGGACAGUGACUGCUGCAUCUCCUAUGGCUCCUGCUUGUGGCCUCUAUCUUGGAAGUGUGAAAUACGUUCUGCCUUCAGAUCUGUGAAAGAAAACUCAGUAGGAAACAUCCUAAGAAUUUGAAUGCUGGAUGCAGUUGUCCUUCAUAAGCAGCUAUGCACUUGGGGACCACCCUCGCAUGGUUUUUGAGGCAAAUCUCAGACAAGUAGACGUGGAAAGUGGGUGAUUCUACUUGGAUAUGUCCACACUAUUAUAUCACAUUGUACACCAUGCCCAGGGGUAUAUGGGUGAAAUUAAAACCUUAUCCAUUUUAGAAUGCAAUUAAAUGCCUUCCCCAGCUGCCGUUGUAUC